ACCUUUACCAAGCAUUCUUACCUGGACAGUGCAGGAACUACGUGAGCAGCUUCUGAUCUGGGCAGAUCGUAACAAAGUGGAUCGAGAGUUUUUGGAAGUAAUUGGUCGGGAGGCUAUAGAUGGGCGUGUUCUGUGUGAAAUGACAGAAGAAGAGUUAGAGAAAUUGUUUCCAUUCAUGCCGUUUGGACAUCGAAAGAAACUUUAUCUUUUCCGAAAAGAGUUCGAAUUUGAUAAUGAUGAUGACAAGGUAGAUACAAAAAGAGAAGAACAAUUAGAGGAGUUUGACAAAGCAACAAAGCCAACCAGCUGUUACAAACAGCAUUCAAUCAUCCGAGGAAAAGACACUAGAGUAACGAACAUGAUGAAUCCUGUGCAUAAAUUUGUGGGACCAGAAACUAAUCGAUGUGAGAAGAAUCCUCUUAUCAAUAUGGCCUCGGAAGUUGUUCGUUUUUCUGCCGCUUGUUUGAAUUCUCGCACUAAUGGAACUAUACAUUUUGGGAUAAACAGUGAUGGAGAAAUUUUGGGGAUGCAGACAGACGAAACCAAAUUCCGAGAAACAUUUGACAAAGCGAUAGAAGAUGGAUUUUUUCAUGAUCAACACUCCAUUGUGAAAAGGACUAUUCGGCCACCGAAAUUCAUUGAAGUGUUGCAAGCGGAUGUUGCUCCUAAACUGCAUGUUGUAGAGGUUGAUGUGGUGCCUUCAUUUUCAUUUACUGGCGAAGAAGCGUUUUUUAUUCAAACACAGUCAGGCAGUAAGAAGAAACAAAAUGCCACGCGGUUACUUGUAUUUGACAAGGAUGAGGUGAAAGACCUGACAGGUGACGACAUAAGAACACACAUGGAUCAGAAGAAGAGACUAUCAGAGGCUAGAAAAGGUGAAGAGAUGAAGGAUCGAAAUAAACGGAGAGACAGACAUUGCCCAGAUUUAGACAAAAAGUUUGUACAGCUGUUUUGUGGGGGAAUGAAUUCGCUGGGUGACAGUGAUGUUUACCCCAUACUUGUGUGUGGAAAACCGAAUGACAAAUCUCGUGCUGUAAUAACUGACGAAGCUUUCGACUUUCUCAGCAGAAGAGACUGGACAGUGGUAAUGGAUUUGGAUGACUGUACUGACGACAAAAGUUUAUAUAAUCUGUAUGAAUUGGGUUUGUCUAAAACAACCACUGUCCUGACUUCUGAUGACUUCGACCCACGUUCAUCUGAAAAUACAGACGACAAAAAUCACUUAAAGAGCUUGUAUGAAGAUUUGACUACUUCCCUUCACCCGCCCUGGGUGUUUUUGAAUGGUUACGCUCCGCUGAAUAAGGAGUCAUACCCUCCAUCACUGUGGAAAAGAAAGAGAUCAAUAGGGUUUAUAGAAGUGUUGAGAUUUUUCCAUGCGGAGAUACCAGAAGGACGCGCAGUUAUAGUUAUUCUACUGUUAUCGAAAGAUGAUGGCGUUCUACCUGAGAUAUGCGAUGAGAUUUGUCGUAUAUUUGAUGAGCAGUGGAUGGUUUUGGCAGAGGAAUCAAACAUAGCAGAUUCUCUUAAAAGCGAAUUAGUUCGGCGCAAUGUGGAAAAAGAAAGUCUUGAACAUCGGUUUGUUGUGGGUAUACCCUGGAAGCACGUCGCCCAGAUUGCAAAACAACUGAAAGGUUCCGUUCCGCAGUCAGAGUGUUGUUUGACCACAUCGACUGGAGCGUCUUGUGUGCUGAAGGAUAAAGUUAAAGGGAAGCUAACGGAUCUGAAUAUUCUCAGUAGAACAGAAUGUGACGACAGUCGGUGGGAAGCAGGAGACAUGGAAAAGUUUUCAAAAGAUGAAGAAGCACGUUUUUAUAGGGGUGACGAAGCAUCUUGGUGGAAUUUUUGGUUCAAAGAUCAUGUUUGUCAGCGAAAACAGCAUGGGGACCUGUUGAAUCAAGUGAGGAAAUGCCUUGAAGGAGACCUACGUGAAGGUGAUAAAGUAGGCCGUGUGCAUUUUUACCACCAUCCUGGUUCUGGUGGCACCACAUCCGCAAAGCAUGUCCUCUGGGAACUUCGGGAAUAUUAUCGUUGCUGUCUUGUUAAACAGCUUUCCAACGAGACAUGUGACCAAAUUUCUAAACUUCGCCUUUAUGAAGACGGUGAAAGACCAAAACCAGUGCUUGUUCUUGUCGAUAACUUAGACGAAGAAAGGGUAGAUCAACUGUACGCGGAGUUGGAAGAAGCAGGCAGGCAAUCAGCCAGAAGUUCACAAGAGUUUUCGGUUUUUUGUGUCAUGCUUAUUUGCUACAGACGAACCAAAUCCGCUACAGCAUACCAAGAUAAACUUGUUUGGUUGACUCAUGAUUUACCCACAGAAGAGCUGCAGUGGUUUAAGAAGAAGUAUUCAGACUUGGAGAGAAAUCAUCGAGAGAAAAGUGGAGUGGACCCCAAAACACUUAUUGCUUUCAACAUUAUGAAAGAAAACUUCAACACGGAGUACAUAAAACGCGCCGUGCGCAAGUUCCUUGAGGAUAUUACAGACUCAAGGGAACGAAACUUAUUGAAGUACGUAUCGUUGAUAAACUCUUUCGAUAUUGACUUUCACCCAGUUCCAUUGUCGAGCUUUGACCCGAUAAUGUUGCCAGCACGAAGUAGGAAGUAUCCAAUGCCCAGUUGGGAAGCACACCUUAGCACUUGUGUCAGAGUCCUUCUUAAUCAAAAACCUACUCAAGGUCUAAGAGGACAAAUUAAAGGUUUGCGUGUGUUCAGCUCCCUCAUGUCGAAGGAAAUCUUGCAAUCUCUACUGGAUACAACCGAUGUUGAAAGUAAACCGCAAACUGUGUCCGAAGCUAUGAUUGAGUUUCUUAACUCCAGUGUAAUGAAAAGCAAAGAUAACUCAAACAAACAGAUAUGGAAAAUGAUCAGAAACCUCAUGAAAAAACGAGCAUGGUUAAAACCAGGGAGACUUGAGAAGUUUUCACCGCUCAUAACAGCGAUACGUAACGAGGAAGGGGUGGACGAAGCUGCAGAAGUCAUGAUCACUGUGUUUGAGCGCACCGAUGACCCGAUGGUGGCACAGUGCAUCGCUAGACUUUUCAUUCAGGCCGAAAAUUGGCGAAAGGCUGAGGACUACGCCAAAAUAUGCACACACAUGAGACCAUCAAAUUCCUGCGUCUGGGAUACGUUCGGUCAGGUUUAUAAAAGCAAAAUUGAAGCUCUGUAUAACAGAUAUGUAAAAGACUUCAGUACCAGUUCAGCACAUGAGCCAACCAAAGAGGAUUUAGAGGCCAUAGCUGAGGCUUUUACUGGCAUUGAAAUCUUCAGAAAAGAGCAGCGAGUAAGUAAAACCGAAAAGACCAUGGCUGUUUCAAACAAAGUAGGCUAUUUCAGUGAGCUACAGAUAACUCUCCUUUUGCUUGAUCUAUUGGGCUUUCUGACUCCUUUUGACAAUAAGGAAAACUUACACCGAUUUCUUGUCCACCAAGAUUUCAUCAUACCCGAAGCACAGCGUCGUCUGGGACCCGAGCUUUGUGACAGAUUGAAAGAAUUGUUCAAGGGCUCUUGCGAUGCACUUAUCUCGCUAGAGGAUGAAUUCUUGCAUUUGAAGGAUGGUACUGUGGAUGCCUACCGAAGAGGUAUGCACAGAAUCAACAAAAAUAGACUUAUCAAGCUGAAGGAAUAUCACGAUGUCCACUUUGGUGAAAGUCAAGACAAGAUUCCACUAAACAUGUCCCCUGAAGACGCCGCAGCUUUCCGUCGACGAAGAGUCAUUCGACUGGGAGGAUUGUCUCUUGGAAAAAUCUUGGACGUUCGUGACAUGCAGAAUGGUGAGGCAACUCUGGGCCAUAUGCAUGGUCUUUUGCUUCAAAACAUUGAGUCUCCUAAACCAGAAUCAUUUGACUUUAAGGGCAUUAUCGGUGUGUCCUUAGCUCUGUCUACAUUAAAGACGAACGUCAGCACCAUCCGUGAUCUGAUCCGAUGGAGUCACGCUCUUUAUGGAAUGGUCAAGGACGAUGACGACAGAAUUGAAUUGGAAGCAUAUCUUUACAUGGUUAUGUUUCACUGGCCAACUGGAGAUGGAUAUGAUCGCUCUCGUUGUCCAAGUGGAACCCUGCAGACAGCAAUAAAAAGAUGGAAACUAGCGUUUUACAGAUUGUACCCAUGGCAAAAAGAAGUACCGCCGAUUAAGAAGAAAGAGACGACGAUUUACCAUCUGGGAAAUGGCUCGGAUAUGAACCAAUAUACACAUUUUGAACAGCUUCACGGACGGCAGGGAAGACGACUGAUCAAAGGAGCGCAGAUCUGGACAAAUCCAGAGACGGUGAGGAGACUGAGGUUGCUCCAGGGAACCCUGAUUAACCAAGGCAACGAUGUUCAAAUUUCAUUUCGCUCAUCUGAGGGAAGCAUGUCCCAGAUCACUAUCCCAAGCGGAAUGCCUAUCCACGACAAAUCUAUAUGGAAUAAGCACGUGUUCUUCUUCUUAGGUUUUAGUUGGGCAGGACCCAGAGCCUAUGGUAUAUCUGGAGACGAUCCCAGACAAAUGGUCUGCCCACAAGCUUCCUCUCAUCAGCCUGUGCCUGUCAGACCAUACCACCAAGUUCCGGGUGCUAACUACGACACAAGUGUUGAAGUUACAUCUCUUCUGAUUCAACUUCGACGGAUUGCGGAGUUGAAACAUGUUCACAGACAAAAGGGCUACCUGCCGCCAGACCAGUGGAAUUUGGUUAGGCAAGAAGGCAGUUUGAAGGAAAAGCUAAAUGCCUUGGUGUCGGCUCGCAGCGAAGUGUUUAGCGAAACUCAGCUACCAUAUGAGAGUUUUUAAUAAGAAGUGACGUUUUUGUUCUGUGACGGCUACACAAACUUGUCUGAGAUACCUGGGGGACUUCCAGGGGACUUCUAGGGGAUCGUCUAACUCAUUAUAUGCCUUCCGACAUCCAGUACGCUGGCCUGAGAGUCACUGGAAGCGCUCAGACUCACUUGAUCUUAUUCCGGCGAUACAAGUUCCGGUUUAUCCGGAACUUUUUCUCUGGCAUUCAGAGAUGCUGGAGGACAAUUACUGAAUUGCAUCGAUGAACUGUUGUACCUUGUUUGCAAUAUUCUUAGCUAGCAUAUCUGGUUUAACAUGUCCUCAGCUUCAUUCAUAUACAUGUAUAUACUGCUGAACAGUUGUAACCGCUUGAUCGCUUCGCAGAGAAACAUCCUAUGGUACAACUCAAGACAUGAUUGCGUAUCCUAAAUGUCAAAAACAAUUGCACUACAUUUGUUGAUAUGUUAAUAGAAAAAUACGCCAAUCAUUAAUUUGCAGCAUUCCGAUUAUACACGUGUACCAAUUCAUUUACGUGCAUACCUUUGAUUAUUGACCAAUACUUUCUACGCUAAUAGUAUGAUUAGACGUGGGAUUCACGCCAUUCUGGUAAAUUGCUCAUAGGCCUACAUCGUUACCAGGGCAAUGUUGUCGUGUAUUGUAUUCCAUUUUACAUGCUUUGUAACUACAUAUCUUAAGAUUCAGUGGGCUAAAUAACCAUCGCGAUACGAUACGAUUCCAGUCUAGAAUGCAGCGCUAAAAAACCCGAACAGUAUAUGCAUUCAAAAACAAGUUAAUUAGAUGUUAACCGCCUUUAACAUGUAUGUUUAGAUGGAAUGAUAUCUAUAGUUUUGUGCAGUGUAAAGGAACACGUAAAGUGCUAUUCUAUAAACUAUUAAAACAGUAAUUGUGAACAUAGCAUCUUAAAAAUUGGUGAAAGUAAUAAAUAUAUUUACAGGUUUUUACAAAUUUUUGUUUCUCCCACCACUAGCUGACCAAAGACAUAAUGAUUUUUAUACUGACACCAUCUACUCUCAACAGAUUUUAUUUACAAUGUCAU